UGUGAAAAGAGUGUAGGGCAACGAGCGAAACAAAAGAGGCUGCGGCUGCAUCGAUGUGAUGGUGGUGGUGUGUCCGUCUCGGAAGCCACAAGCAAACACACACAUAUCUGACCCGUAUUCUGAAUGGUUGGAAAGGCUUGGCGGAAGGGGAACGAGUAGCUUGAUGAUCGGCGAUUAAAACAAGAAAAAAAACAGUUCGAAGAGCGAAGUUGCGAGGACUUGGACCGUCUUAGACCGGCAGGCGCAUCUCUUCCCCUAACGUCGAGAGCAGUGCAGUGUGGGUUGGAGAGACAGCCCAGAACAAAGGAGUCUUGAGCAAGGAAUGAGCAAGCUGAGACUAGCUUUGCCAUUACCGCUUUUGAAAUCGGGCCAAUGCCUCUCUGAAACACCAACGUAGUAGACGGUCUACUCCAUUUUAAACGAGCCCUUUCGCUCAAAAGGCAGAAAGAAGAUAAGACACGAAUAACCCGAACGCAAGUCGGCGGCCACAAUGUUUCCUCAAAACCGUCCACCGGCACCUCUGCAGGCGCCCCCCGGUUCCUCUGCCAAUGCGGUCGCUGCUGCGGCUGCAGCGGCCUCUGGGACCCCCCAGUCGCUGAAACUAACGUACCCAGAAACCCUGGACCGCAUCAAGGAGGAGUUCCAGUUCCUCCAGACCCAGUACCACAGUUUGAAGUUGGAAUGUGAGAAGCUGGCUACAGAGAAGACGGAGAUCCAGAGACACUACGUGAUGUACUACGAGAUGUCCUAUGGCCUUAACAUUGAAAUGCACAAACAGACGGAGAUUGCCAAGCGGUUGAAUGUGAUCUGCGCACAGCUCAUCCCAUUCUUGUCACAGGAGCACCAGCAACAGGUGGUGCAGGCCAUGGAGCGCGCCAAGCAGGUGACUAUGGGGGAGUUAAAUGCGUCGAUAGGGCAGCAGCUCCAGGCCCAGCACCUGUCCCAGCACGCCGCCCAGGGCCUGCCCAUGGGCGCCCACCCCUCCGGCCUGUCGCACCCGGGCCUCGCGGCGCUGGGCGGCGGCUCCAGCCUGCUGGCCCUCUCCGGGGCCCUCGGGGCCCAGCUGGCGGCCAAGGACGAGAGGGCCCACCUGGAGGCCGCCGCCGCCGCCGCCGCCGCCGAGCACCACAGAGGUCUGCUCAUGGGACGUGCGGCACUGCUGCCCGGGAUGAACAUGGACCGCGAGGCGGGGCCGAGUUCUCUGUCCAACGGGGACAAGGGGCGUUCUGCAGACUACCUCAGCAACGGCAAGAAGAGGAAAGUGGAGGAGAAGGAGUUCAUGACGGACUAUGGCAGCGACGCGGAUAAGAGCGAUGAUAAUUUAGUGGUGGACGAGGACCCGUCGUCCCCGCGCAGUGUGCAGUCCUACUCCUCCAGGGAGAACGGCCUGGACAAGAUGCCCCCCUCCCGCAAGGAGGCUCCCCCCCAGGCCAGCCCCACCUCCCUGGCCUCCUCCAGCAGCGCCCCCUCCCCCUCCAGGGGGAAGGAGCCCCCACAGAGAGAGAAGUCGAGCACCCCAGGGAUGAAGCCUGGCACCCCCAUGUCCCAGGAGUCCAACACCCCUGGACCAAGCGGACCCCCACAGUUCCGCCCGGUGCCAGGCAAGCCUGCCGUGGACCCUCUGGCCCUGGGUCUGAGGAACUCUCUGGCGGUCCAGGGAGCCUACCCUCCGGGGGCCUUCGGCCUGCCCCCCCCAGGGGUGAACGGGGACCUGCCCGGGGGAGCGGGCUACGGGGCAGCGCUCCACCUGGUCUCCCCCCAGAUGAACGGGUCGGCGGCAGCCGCCGCCGCCGCCGCCGCCGCCGCCGCGGGCUACGGACGGUCACCUGUGGUGGGCUAUGAGUCUCCCCACCCACACAUGAGGGUUCCCGGGCUGCCUGCCAGCCUGCAGGCUGCCGCGUCAGGGAAGCCGGCCUACUCGUUCCACGUGGCGGCCGACGGCCAGAUGCAGCCCGUGCCCUUCCCCCCGGACGCCCUGCUGGGCCCGGGCAUCCCGCGCCACGCCCGGCAGAUCCACACGCUCAACCACGGCGAGGUGGUGUGCGCCGUCACCAUCAGCGCCUCCACGCGCCACGUCUACACCGGCGGCAAGGGCUGCGUGAAGGUGUGGGACAUCAGCCAGCAGGGCAGCAAGAGCCCCAUGGCCCAGCUGGACUGUCUGAACCGGGACAACUACAUCCGCUCCUGUAAACUCCUCCCCGACGGGCGCACCUUGAUCGUGGGCGGGGAGGCCAGCACGCUGUCCAUCUGGGACCUGGCCACGCCCACCCCCCGCAUCAAGGCGGAGCUCACCUCCUCGGCGCCCGCCUGCUACGCGCUGGCCAUCUCCCCCGACAACAAGGUCUGCUUCUCCUGCUGCAGCGACGGCAACAUCGUGGUCUGGGACCUCCACAACCAGACGCUGGUCAGGCAGUUCCAGGGCCACACGGACGGAGCGAGCUGCAUCGACAUCUCCAACGACGGCACCAAGCUGUGGACGGGGGGCCUGGACAACACGGUGCGCUGCUGGGACCUCCGGGAGGGACGGCAGCUGCAGCAGCACGACUUCACCUCACAGAUCUUCUCUCUGGGCUACUGUCCCACCGGAGAGUGGCUGGCGGUGGGCAUGGAGAGCAGCAACGUGGAGGUCCUGCACGUCUCCAAGCCUGACAAGUACCAGCUGCACCUCCACGAGAGCUGCGUGCUCUCCCUCAAGUUUGCCUACUGCGGCAAAUGGUUUGUGAGCACCGGCAAAGAUAACCUGCUGAACGCUUGGCGGACGCCCUACGGGUCGAGUAUAUUCCAGUCCAAGGAGUCCUCCUCGGUCCUGAGCUGCGACAUCUCCCCCGACGACCAGUUCAUCGUCACCGGAUCCGGGGACAAGAAAGCCACAGUCUACGAAGUCAUCUACUGAAGCGGAAGCUGAUUGGCUACUGGGAAGAAAUAUUAUAUAGAUGUGGGCGGGGCUUUGGGCUCCCCCCUCCCCCCCUACCCCUACCCCCCCACCCCCCCCACCCCCUGUGUACCAAUGACUGUACAGAGAGAUGGUUGGCAUGGAAACAAAAGACAUUCACUUGUACUUUGUUUGUUUUAUUGACGUUUGUGAAGGGAUUGAACGACAGACAAUGAGAGGGCGAGAGACUGAAGCGAGAAGAAGCGAGGGACACAAAGUCACAUCUCUGGAGAUCUCUUGAUUGUUGAACAUGGUUUCCAAUGCUCUGAGAAUGCUGGUUAGUCGAAUAGUUGUGUGCAGAUGUGGGAUACCUCCAAAGAACUUUGUUGUUUUUUUUUGUUCCUUUUUGUUUUUUUGGUUCCUUUUUAUUUUUAAAAAACAAAACAAAACCUCUGUAGUGACCAAGAAAUUAGCAAAAAAAAAAAAAAGAAUCAUAUUUUUUUAGCUUUUAAAAUUUCUCUUGGCGGGGGGGGGGGGGGGGGAUGGCGGGGCCGUCGGACCACCGCCACAUGACAAGAGGCCAUGGCGGACAGAGGUCGUGGAAUUGAGAGAGCAAGAGGAGGAGACGGGGUGGGGGGAAGGUUCAAGGAGCAGUUGGAAAAUUGCGUGGAAGGGGCAGCAGCUCCGUGGAGAGUCAGUCUUCGCCCAGUCCCCUCCCCCUCUCCAAUGCCCUCUUCUUCAGCACUUGGCUGUUGGACGGGGUGGACGGGGGGGGGGGGGGGGGGAGGUUUUUGGGGAAGGUGGGCUGAUGGAUUACAAGACUCUAAACUUUCGUUCCGGAUGUUUCCCAACUCCUUCUCUCCUGGUUCUCGGUUUUCAGCGGCAUCAUGAUUGUAUUAUCUAUCUGGCACAUAUAUAAAUCUGUGGACCGGGGACGGCUGGAUGCUCUAACUAACCCCUCCCUACUUCAAGAUGAUCCUAUCUCCAUGUUUUCUGACGACAGAAGACUCAUUUUGGUCCUACGAUGCUUUUUUGCGAGCCCUAGCCUCGACUAGCCAGGCCCAGGAACGGAACAAGACCACACAUGACGCGCAUUCAUCACUAAGGGUCUGCAUUGACAACCGGUUCGCUCAGAUUAUCAGGGACAUGGCUACUACAAAAACAGUCCAUUCCAAUGAUGUGUUUUUCUAUCGUCUUCGUCGGGGGACACAUAGGAUGACCGGCAUUUCCCCCCUCUCCCCCCCUGAAUUCAUUCGUGAACCUUGACCUUGCUAUAUAUGGACAUGUAAAUAAAGUUCUCUAAAAGGCAAA